CAAGUCAGCGAUGCCAGCAUUACUCCACUAAGCGUAUCUCCGUUAAUGAAUAUAGAAGCCAACCACGAAUUGACCCUCCAACGGCUUGCACCUACAAAUCUCUCUUCCACAACGUCUCUCUAUCAUUCCACGGAGUUAUUCUGGCACCCCCGAGAGUGCGGGAGCAGAGAAAAUCCAGUCCAAUUCUGAAGAUCGAUCUCACUUCCUGACGCCGAUCCAAUUCACAGUUGCGGGUCUGGUGCUUCUUGCGUAUCCUGGGUUUGGAUUCAUUGGAAUCUGAAGAAAUCAUGUUUCGGAGAAAGAACACCCCACUUUUCAAUGCGAGCGAUGCCGAACAGAGAGAAGCAAAGAUCAAUGAAAUGAGAGCUGCACUUGGCCUUUUGUCUACCCGUGGAGAGAAGUACUGUAAUGAAUCAUGCCUGAUAAAAUAUCUAGAAGCCCGCAACUGGAAUGUUGAAAAGUCCAGCAAAAUGUUAGUAGAAAGUCUCAAGUGGAGGGAAGGUACCAGGCCUGAGAAUAUUCGCUGGCCUGAUGUUUCCGGUGAAGCAAAAACAGGUAAAAUGUACAGGGCAAGUUUCCCCGAUAGAGAGGGUAAAACCGUGAUUGUAAUGAGACCUGCAAAGCAGAAUACAUCGUCUCACGAAGGACAGGUACAGCAUCUUGUAUAUACCUUGGAGAAUGCAAUCCGUAGCCUGCCUGAAGGUCAAGACAAAAUGGUGUGGCUGAUAGACUUCACAGGAUGGACACUUGCCCAUGCAACCCCCAUAAAGACUGCCAGAGAGAGUAUGAGUGUCCUGCAAAACCAUUACCCAGAGAGGCUUGCAGUUGCAUUUCUAUUCAAUGCACCCAAAGUAUUUGAGGCUUCUUUUAAGGUUCUCAAAGUAUUCGCUGACAAGAAAACAAUCCAGAAACUCCACUUCGUGUACAAGGAGAAUGAGGAGAGCAUGAAGACAUUGUACGAGCACAUUGAUCCCGAAGUCCUUCCGGUAGAUUUUGGAGGGAAGACCAAUGUGACGUACAAUCAUGAGGAUUACUCUAAAUUGAUGACAAAAGAUGACAUUAAAACAGCAAGCUUCUGGGCAGAAGAUGGUAACUAACCAUGUAAUGAGCGGGCACUCGGCUCCUGAGUUACACAGCAAUCGUCACUAGUUGCUGCUAAAGCAAGUUGAGGAGCACCGGCCAUGUCACCAACUCACCAGUUUGUUGCUAAAGCAAAUUGAGGAGCAUCACCCUGCAUUAUGGAUGGCUCGAGCUACAUAAGUGAUUCCAUAACAUUCCCUUGGCCGAGUAUAUAUUCCACAUACUUAAUGGUAUUCCCGGGUACUUGGUAGCUGUUUUCCGUAUGAAUUUUUACACGCUUAAGUUGCUAAUUUGUAAUUGUUGUUUCCAGACAUAUUAAUUUAAUCUCUUUUUAAGUUUGCCAAAAUAAAA